GGAGGGAGGCGGGCCGAGGCGCUGACUGUAAUGCGAUAGCCGCUCCGUUCUAAUGCUAUUACAUGCACAAGCUGCCGCAGCGCCGCUAGUAGACUCGGCUCACGAACGCAGCGGAGGACAGAAGGGCUGUGGAAGAGCGGAGGCUGUACGGAGUGACCGUGCGCUGCGAAGCACGCUGCCGAGGAGUUUCUAAAACCAAGGCGAACUUGAUCCCCGAAUUCACCGUGCGGGGAGAUCAGCUCCGGCGUUUUGCCAGUAUGGACAGUAGCGCUCCGCUCGUCUUUUUAUUGCGUGUUAUGUCAGCCAAGUGAGAAGCAGUGAUCUCGGGGAAAAAAAAAACGUCUCUCGUCACUGGAUUUGGAGGCAGCCGAAAGCCACACUUUCACAGACAGAAACUGGGGACACAUAGUCAAUCCGAUGGACUGAAGUUGCUGCGGACGUACAGAAUCUGGAUAGAUGUUUAGCUUGAACACGUUUUUGUGUUACGCUGUAACAUGUGAGAAGAAAGUUAUUCAGCCGUGCUUCUUAUUUCGCUUACCUGUGUAAUUCUCUGCGCUACAAUAAUUGAACAUGUUGUGUGUAGCUGUUGUGAAAUGCGUCCCGCACUAAGAUUAAUUAUAGCCAAUUGUUUGUAAAAAAGAAGAGGUGGAAGAAAAAAAGUGAUCGCGUUUCUGCGUGCAAAUUUUCAUGCAGUUUUCAGUGGUGUUAGAAGAAAUACAUCCGAGAUUUAACAGAGCGGAGACUUUGACACCAAGUUAUUUUUUCCAGAAUUGAAGAGUGAAAACGCCAAACAAGAUGGAUAUAUUCACGUCGCUGUUCGGAUUCUUAUUUGCGUUUUGUAUAACAUCAAGAGCGCAUGGAGAUGAAGGGGAGACGUGUGGGGGUCAGCUGGACGCCAGCGACGCGGGGUACAUCACCUCCCCGGGGUACCCCCACGAGUACCCGCCCCACCAGAACUGCCAGUGGGUGAUCGCCUCUCCGGAACCUUCCCAGCGCAUUGUCCUCAACUUCAACCCCCACUUCGAGCUGGAGAAGCUGGACUGCAGGUAUGACUUCAUUGAGAUUCGGGAUGGGAACUCUGAAGCGGCCGACCUGAUAGGCAAGCACUGCAGCAACAUUGCCCCGCCUGCCAUCAUCUCCUCUGGACCUGCCCUCUACAUAAAGUUUGUCUCCGACUACGCCCACCAGGGGGCGGGCUUCUCGCUGCGCUACGAGGUCUUCAAGACAGGUUCGGACUUCUGCUCUCGGAACUUCACCAGCCCCUCGGGGGUGAUUGAGUCCCCCGGCUUCCCCGACAAAUACCCCCACAACCUCGACUGCACCUUCAUCAUCAUCGUGCCCCCACGCAUGGACGUCACCCUCACCUUCCUCACCUUCGACCUGGAGAACGACCCCCUGCUGGUCGGGGAGGGGGACUGCAAGUACGACUGGCUGGAGGUGUGGGACGGUUUGCCGCAGGUGGGGCCUCUGAUUGGACGCUACUGUGGCACCAAGAUCCCCCCCGAAAUCCAGUCCUCCACGGGCCUCCUCUCCCUCUCCUUCCACACAGACAUGGCCGUGGCCAAAGACGGCUUCUCCGCUCGCUACAACAUGACGCACAGAGAAGUCAGCGACACCUUCCACUGUAGCAGUGCUUUCGGCAUGGAGUUUGGGAGGAUCUCGGAUGACCAGAUCUCGGCCUCCUCCUCCUUCUACGACGGCCGCUGGUCUCCCCGGCAGGCGCGGCUCAACAACGAUGACAACGGCUGGACCCCCAGCGAGGACAGCAACAAAGAGUACAUCCAGGUGGACCUGAACUUCCUCAAGGUGCUGACGGGAAUCGCCACCCAGGGGGCCAUCUCCAAGGAGACGCAGAAGUCCUACUAUGUCACGACCUUCAAGCUGGAGGUCAGCACCAACGGGGAGGACUGGAUGAUCUACAGACACGGCAAAAACCACAAGGUUUUCCAUGCUAACACAGACCCAUCAGAAGUGGUUCUGAACCGCAUCCCCCAGCCGGUUCUGGCCCGGUUCGUGCGCAUCCGGCCACAGACGUGGAAGAACGGUAUUGCCCUGCGGCUGGAGCUCUAUGGAUGUCAGAUAACAGACGCCCCAUGCUCAGAGAUGCAGGGCAUGCUAUCCGGCCUGCUCCCAGACUCCCAGAUUUCGGCCUCCUCCGUGCGGGACAUCCACUGGUCCCCCGGGGCGGCUCGGCUGGUGGCCAGCAGGUCGGGGUGGUUCCCCAGCCCCACGCAGCCCGUGGCUGGGGAGGAGUGGCUGCAGGUGGACCUGGGGGUCCCCAAAACGGUGCGAGGUGUGAUCACCCAGGGGGCACGCAGCGGGGAGGGCAGCACCAGCGCGGAGAACCGGGCCUUCGUCAGGAAGUACCGCCUGGCCCACAGCAUGAACGGCCGGGACUGGAGCUUCAUCACUGACAGCAAGACCAGCCUUCCCAAGAUCUUCGAGGGAAACACACACUACGACACCCCGGAAAUCCGCAGGUUCGAGGAGAUCCCGGCGCAGUUUAUCCGGAUCUACCCGGAGAGGUGGUCUCCGGCCGGCAUCGGCAUGAGGCUGGAGGUGCUGGGGUGUGACCUGCCAGAAACCACCUCCCUCGCUAACAUGGCCACUCCCACACCCACAUUGCCCCACCAAACAGAGAGUGCAACCCCCCCAAGAGUGGAGCAAGUCCCGGUCACCACCCCCUCCUCUCUGAGCGGCCUGUGUGACUUCGAGCAGAGCCUGUGCGGCUGGACCCACGACCCCACGGCCGACCUCAACUGGUCCCUCCACAGCGGCGGCACUGCCCCGGGUUCGGGACCCAGUCAGGACAUCUCAGUCGGCUCUGAGGAUUUCGGGAACUACCUGUACAUCGAGGCGAGCCCCAAGACAGAGGGGCAGCGGGCGCGGCUUGUGAGCUCGGAGGUGGGGCCAGAGGCGGGGCCAGUCUGCCUGCUCUUCUCCUACCAGCUGCGGGGGGAGGGCAUGGGUACCCUACGCAUCCUGCUCCGUGACUCUGACCAGGAGGAGACCCUGCUCUGGGCCCUCAAGGGGGACCAGGGGCCCGUGUGGAGGGAGGGCCGCACCAUCCUGCCCCGCUCGCCCAAAGAAUUCCAGGUUGUCAUGGAGGGGUACUUUGACCACGGCAACAGGGGCCACAUCUGGAUGGACAACAUCCACAUGAGCUCCAGCACGCCACUGGAAGAGUGCACUCAACCCUUCGCUGCCUUCCCUCCAGACAUGACCGAUCGGAGACUUGUUGACUUCGGAGACGAACGGCUUUUGAAGAGCAGAGACCACACAGGAGAAGGUUUCCCCUUCCAGGAGUGGAGCACGCCUGGCCCCUCCUCGGACCCGCCCGUGACCCGGGUGUCGGAGAAGGACAACUCGUGGCUGUACACGCUGGACCCCAUUCUGGUGACCAUCAUCGUCAUGAGCUCCCUGGGGGUGCUGCUGGGGGCGGUGUGUGCCGGCCUGCUGCUCUACUGCACCUGCUUCUACAACGGCUUCUCCUCCCGCAGCUCCACCACUCUGGAGAACUACAACUUUGAGCUGUACGACGGCAUCAAGCACAAGGUCAAGAUCAACCAGCAGCGCUGCUGCUCAGAGGCCUGAGGGGGGUGCCGUCGAGUCUGCGACAUACCGCGCCCGCUCACGCCGAGCCGAGGUGGCUCCUCCCACUCAUCUCUCCCUUCACAUCUCUCUCUCUCUCUCUCUCUCUCUCUCUCUCUCACCUGCGGGAGAGCACCUGUUCAACAGAAGACAGAACCAACCACACUUACACGUGCCGACCCAACCGCUACUGGAGCGGCGACGGGCUUUUUGGACCGGAACCGUAAGAGAUGAGGGAAAAUGAGGAGCUGCUCCCAGCACACUGCUCUAUGGAUGCUCCGAAUAAAAAAGAAAUCAAAACAUAUCAAUUUAAUGCCUAUCCCAAAAAAUUAUUAUACGAUUAUAGAUUUUUAAGGAUCUACUUUUUAAAACAGGUGACUGAACUGUAAUGAGAGACACUGCGCCUUCUUAGAUGGGUGGUCACUUGUGAAACCUUUUCCUUCAUUGCGUGAAAACAGUGGCCUAGGAUUGUUACUUUGUGGACUGUUGAGUUUAGUUUUAGACCCGUGUCUCUGUAACGAACCAGCUUCAGUUUUCCGCCAUGCUGUUGUCCGUGCUAUUUUUUUUUUUUUUUGCGAUCAUUCUCUUGUGCGUUGGCCACCAGUCUUACUGCUCUUUAGUUCAGAGUGUUCGUAAUAUUCGAUGUUUUCGUUUUCUGGACUGUUGCCAGUCUUUAAAAUAAGAGUCAAGUAUUUUGUCUAAAAUUAGAGACAAGACGUUCGGUUAUGUAAGAUAGAUUUAGUCAAAGGAUUGUCUUUGGUGUUUAAUUUUUUUUAAAGAAGGAUGAACACGCAGCCUAAUGCUUUGUGAACCAUGAAGUUUAUUUCAGUGCAACCUAUGGAUUGCGGAGAGCUGGGGCCACAGAAGGGUCUGCCACCGAUCGGUCUGCCACGUGUUUCAAAGGAUGGAGAGAGAGACGCUGCUUUUUGCGUGGUGAGACAUCAUGGAGGGAGUCAACAUCCUCAUUCCUCUGCACCUCGAACACCAGCUCUCUGUGUGCCAGAGGAAAGAACUCAGAAACAAAAAAGAGACGGUCAAUGGAAGCUGGCAAAUGCAGCCGAUUUCCUGGACACAUUAUUGAGCCUUAAAGGAACUGCUUUGGGAGGAGAGCCAUUGAGAAACACCAGUUCCUGGAUAAUAACCACAGAGGCCUUGGAGGAUUAGGCCUUAUGCUUUCUUCAUUUCACUUUUUGACUUUUUUUUUUGUUCUUACUUCAGUGAAACUGAGGGUGGAGUCUUACACCAGUUUGCAUCUGGAUUUCUUACUUUGUCAAAAGGAAAAAAAAAAAGGUGAACUGUCAGUCUCUCCACGGUACCUCAGCCUGGGUCUCACGCGGUCCCCCUAAAACCAGACGGGGGUGCGGUGGGCUGAACGGGCGCAGAGGUCGGGACGCCGGCAGUCAGAUUCGUGGAGGCUGACUGCAGGGCGCUGAAAGACUCUGGAGGCGAAGAUUGCGCCACUGUCUUGGCAGAAUUGGCGCAUUGCUGCUCCUUCUCAGCAGUCCCCCCCAACUCCACUCUGCUGACCCUUUUUCCAAGUGCCUUGGAGCUCACCUGAUUUAACUUUCGUUGGGAGCUGAGGGAGUAUUACCUCUUCUGUCUGGGACAGGGGGCAAAAACAGAGAUGUGAAAAU